UCAUGUUAAGCAACUGGUCCAAUUAAAACCUUAACGUGUCCGAGGAAGCUCACAAAAGAACCAUUAGGACCGAAUGCAUGCUUGUGUGUUUAGCCUAUAAGUACAUUUACAAAACUUAAUUUAAUCACACUUUCACCAUAUUGAGAGAUAUAUUCAAGAUACAGAGCUGCAGAGAGCAUCAUGUCUUCUGAUGAUGGUGUUAAGUUAGUUAUUCAAGAUCGACAUGUGACGAUGGAUAAUGGUAUACUCCAGGUAACAAUUUCGAAGCCUAAGGGCAUGGUCACAGGAGUGUCGUAUAAUGGCAUCGACAAUUUGCUGGAAAUCCGCAAUGAUGAGACUAACAGAGGGUACUGGGAUGUUGUGUGGAGUCCUCCAGGUAGUAGUGGCACGACAGGAACAUUUGAAAGAAUUAAAGGGACAGAGUUCAGUGUUCUUGUGGAAACUGAAGAUCAAGUGGAGCUGUCUUUUUCAAGAACAUGGGACGCCUCUCACAGAAAUCUUGCCCCUUUAGGCGUAGAUAAAAGGUUUGUGAUGCUACGUGGUUCAUCGGGUUUUUACUCCUAUGCCAUUUUCAAGCAUUUAGAGGAAUGGCCAGGGCUAAACCUCGACGAAACAAGGAUUGCUUUUAAACUCAGGAAGGACAUGUUUCACUACAUGGCAAUGGCUGAUAAUAGGCAAAGAUUUAUGCCACUGCCAGAUGACCGGUUACCACACAGAGGGGUUCCCUUGGCCUAUCCAGAAGCAGUCCUCUUAGUCGAUCCCCUGGAACCCGAGUUCAAAGGAGAAGUGGAUGACAAAUAUCAGUACUCUUGUGAGAACAAAGAUUUGAGAGUUCACGGGUGGAUCUCUACUGACCAAUCCGUCGGCUUCUGGCAAAUCACAGCCAGUGAUGAGUUUCGGACUGGUGGACCUGUCAAACAGAACCUCACGUCUCACGUUGGUCCCAUUACACUUGCAAUGUUUGUAAGUGCUCACUAUGCUGGAAGUGAUUUGGUGCCUAAGUUCCAACAAGGGGAGUUUUGGAAGAAAGUUUAUGGCCCCGUAUUCAUCUAUCUUAAUAAAAAUGAUGGUCUCGACCCCCUUGCACUCUGGAACGAUGCCAAAACGCAGAUGUCGAUUGAAGUGGAAAGCUGGCCUUACAACUUUCCUGCUUCAGAAGAUUUUCCUUCAAAAGACCUGCGUGGCAAUGUAUUUGGAAGAUUGAUAGUCCGUGACACGUACAUCAGUGAAACUGAUUUAUCAGCAAAGGGUGCUUAUGUCGGAGUAGCCUCGCCAGGAGAUGUAGGUUCUUGGCAAAGAGAAUGCAAGGAUUAUCAGUUCUGGACCCAAGCAGAUGAAAAUGGUUAUUUCUCAAUUAACAACAUUCGUGCUGGUGAUUACAAUUUAUAUGGAUGGGUUCCUUCUAUUCUGGGAGAUUACAAAUACGAUGAUCAUAUCAUAGACAUCACUGCAGGCUGCAAUAUUGAUUUGGGUGAGCUUGUAUAUGAGCCUCCAAGAAAGGGGCCGACAUUAUGGGAUAUAGGCAUCCCUAGCCGUUCAGCUGCUGAGUUCUAUGUUCCUGAUCCGAACCCCAAAUAUAUCAAUAAGUUGUUCAUUAAUCACCCUGACAGAUUUAGACAGUAUGGAUUAUGGGAAAGAUAUGCAGAGUUAUAUCCAGACGCGGACCUGGUUUACACAGUUGGCGAGAGCGACUAUGCAAAAGACUGGUUCUUUGCUCAUGUUACUAGGAAAAUGGAUGAUAAAACAUAUGAAGGAACUACGUGGCAGAUCAGAUUUAACCUCGACGAGGUAACUUAUGACGAGACUUACACACUGAGGCUGGCAUUGGCAUCUGCAGCUCAAGCAGAAUUGCAGGUAAGAGUUAACGAUCCGAGUAUGGAAGCAGUGUUUACGAGUGGAUUGAUCGGAGGGGAUAAUGCAAUAGCAAGACAUGGAAUACAUGGGUUGUAUUGGCUCUACGCAGUUGAAAUACUGGGGAAUAAGCUUAAUGAAGGGGAGAAUACAAUAUAUUUGACACAAGCAUCAAGUACUGGUCCUUUUCAAGGCAUCAUGUAUGAUUAUAUUCGGUUUGAAGCACCUUCGGACAUUAUAUGACUUGGUUUGGUUGUUUCGAAUUUCAGUAUGUAAUGUAUUUAUUCCGUCUUUGAGUUUUGAAGGAGAAAAGAGAAUAUAAGAGUGGACAAGAUGCUGGGGCUGUGGUUGAGCUCUUGUAUCACUUGCGGGAAGAAAUGUAAUAAAUUUCAGUAACUUGCUUUCAAGUUUUAAAAAAAAUAUAAAAGAACUAUUUCAUUCU